UUUGAUUAUUAAACGUGACUCCAUUAACGACCCAGUGCUAAGGAUCGGCUUAUGUAUAUAAUAACAAACAGACAAAAUACAAAUGGCAAAGACAAAGAAGAAAGAAAAAAGAAUUGAAUUUUUAUAAAUGGAAAAAGGAAAUGAAAUAAAAUGGGAGAAAAAGAAAAGUUUCGAAGUUUCUCUUCCAAGUUGGGUGUGGAACUCACAGUUCUCUCGUCUUUCCAACCACUUAAAAUCAGCCCCCACUCUCCCCUACACAGAUGGGAAAUAAUCCUCUUCUUUGUCGGCCAUUUUAGCUUCACAGUUUGAGCUCUGGUUUUUGUUCUUCAUUUUAAUAAUUCAUUCCGAGAUCUCUCGACCCUUUUCGUUUUUUUUUCCAAGUUUUUUUGGUUAGAGAACUAAUUUGGGGGUUUCCGCAGAUGGGUUCUUCUUUAUUUUGAUCAAUAUGUAGCUGAAUAUAAUAUACUAAAAAAGGGGAAAUGAUUUCUUUCUGAUUUAUCGCUGUUUUUGGAGUGCCAAGUGUUCGAUUACAGCCGCAAAGUAGUAGAGAUUGUGAUAAUUUUUUGUUUUGUUUUGUUUUUCUUCUUUUUCUUCUUUCUGCCGAAUUAUUGACUGCAAUUCGGCGAUUCCCAUUAUUGCAAAGGCCCUGAAAUUCAAUCUCGAUCUGCCCCUUUUUAUUUCGUUGUACUUGAUUUAUGAGCUCCAUGGUUUUGGGAUAUUCGUUAGAAGAUGUGAAUUGGAAGAAGACAUGGCGGAAUUGCUGUGUUUAUUAUCCUUUUUUCGACGAGUGAUGGCCAUGCUAUGAGGUGCUAAGUUGCUGGAUUUUCUGAUAGUUGUUGCGGAGGCAAUGGCUGUUAACAUGUUUGCAGAUGUCAAGUCGUGGGAAGGAUUCUUAGUCAGGUUUGUUGGAUUUUGGUUUACAAUCAUUCUUCUCUUUUGUACUUCACAAGGGUUGAACUUAGAAGGAUUGUCCCUUUUGGAGCUGAAAAAGACUUUAAAGGAUGACUUUGAUAGCUUGAAGAACUGGAAUCCUGCGGACCAGACACCGUGCAGUUGGAUCGGUGUAAAAUGUACAUCGGGUGAAGCUCCGGUCGUAUGGUCGCUCAACUUGAAAUCGAAAAAGCUCUCUGGAUCUGUGAACCCCGUCAUCGGUAACUUGAUUCACCUAACUUCUCUUGAUCUCUCUUACAAUAACUUCACUGGAAAUAUUCCCAAAGAGAUUGGUAAUUGUUCAGGUCUAGAAUACCUUUCUCUUAAUAACAACAUGUUUGAGGGGAAAAUCCCACCUCAAAUGGGAAAUCUUACUUCCUUGAGGAGUUUGAAUAUUUGUAACAACCGAAUAAGUGGUUCAAUCCCGGAAGAGUUUGGGAAGUUAUCCUCACUAGUUGAGUUUGUGGCGUACACCAACCAGCUCACCGGCCCGUUGCCUCGUUCUAUUGGAAAUCUCAAAAAUCUUAGGAGAUUUAGAGCUGGACAGAAUGCUAUCUCUGGAAGCCUACCUUCUGAAAUAAGUGGUUGCCAGAGUCUUAAUGUGCUUGGUCUUGCUCAAAAUGAGAUAGGAGGGGAACUACCAAAGGAGCUUGGAAUGCUUCAUAACUUAACCGAAAUGAUUCUUUGGAGUAACCAGUUUUCUGGUAAUAUUCCUGAGGAGCUUGGGAACUGUAAGAGCCUCGAGGUCCUUGCGCUGUAUGCAAAUAAUCUGGUUGGCCCCAUACCAAAGACGUUGGGGAAUCUCAGCUCCCUGAAGAAGUUGUAUCUCUAUAGGAAUGCUCUUAAUGGGACUAUUCCAAAGGAAAUAGGUAAUCUUUCUCUUGUUGAAGAAAUUGAUUUCUCAGAGAACUCUUUAACCGGUGAAAUCCCUUCUGAGUUAAGUAAGAUAAAGGGUCUGCACUUGCUUUUCCUCUUCAAAAACCUGCUGACUGGUGUUAUACCAGAUGAAUUUAGCACCUUGAGUAACUUGACACGACUCGACCUAUCGAUGAAUGAUCUUAGAGGACCUAUACCAUUUGGUUUUCAAUAUUUCACUAAGAUGGUACAACUGCAGCUCUUUGAUAACUCACUCAGUGGUAGCAUUCCUUCAGGACUCGGACUUUACAGCUGGCUUUGGGUGGUUGAUUUUUCAUUAAACAACCUAACAGGGACAAUACCUUCUCACCUCUGUCAUCAUUCUAACCUGAGCAUUUUGAAUUUGGAAUCUAACAAGUUUUAUGGAAACAUUCCUUCUGGAAUCCUGAAUUGUAAAUCACUGGUGCAACUUCGUCUUGGAUGGAAUAUGCUUACCGGUGCGUUUCCAUCUGAGCUUUGCAGCUUGGAGAACCUUUCUGCUAUUGAACUGGGCCAAAAUAAAUUCAGUGGUCCAAUUCCUACAGAUAUUGGAAGGUGUCAUAAGUUGCAAAGGCUUCAAAUUGCAAACAACUUCUUCACAUCUAGCUUGCCAAAGGAGAUUGGAAAUCUCACUCAAUUGGUCACUUUCAAUGUUUCAUCAAAUCGGGUCACUGGUCAGUUGCCACUUGAAUUUUUCAACUGCAAGAUGCUUCAACGACUCGAUCUCAGCCACAAUGCCUUCACAGGUUCUUUACCGAAUGAGAUUGGAUCACUUUCACAGCUGGAGCUUCUCAUCCUCUCAGAAAAUAAGUUCUCAGGAAACAUACCUGCAGGACUAGGAAACAUGUCCCGUAUGACGGAGUUGCAGAUUGGCAGUAACUCAUUUUCUGGUGAAAUUCCAAAGGAGUUGGGCUCCCUUUUAAGCUUGCAGAUUGCAAUGAAUCUCAGUUAUAACAAUCUAACUGGGAGAAUACCCCCAGAGCUUGGAAGACUCUACCUUCUAGAGAUUCUCCUUCUCAAUAACAAUCAUUUGACUGGACAAAUUCCUACAGAGUUCGACAACCUAUCUAGUUUAUCAGUUUGUAACUUCUCCUACAAUGACCUUUCUGGGCCUAUACCUUCCAUUCCUUUGUUUCAGAACAUGGGCACUGAUAGCUUUAGAGGCAACGACGGACUUUGUGGUGGACCUCUUGGUGAUUGCAGUGGGAAUUCGUAUUCUCAUUCAACACAACUAGAGAAUGCAAAUACAUCACGUGGUAAAAUCAUCACAGGGAUUGCUUCUGCUAUAGGUGGGAUUUCUCUCAUUUUGAUUGUGAUUAUUUUACAUCACAUGAGACGUCCACAUGAAUCUUCGACACCAAAUAAGGAGAUUCCGUCCUCUGACUCAGAUUUUUACUUACCUCCCAAGGAGGGUUUCACCUUCCAUGAUUUGGUUGAAGUCACAAAUAACUUUCAUGAUAGUUAUAUUAUUGGAAAGGGUGCUUGUGGAACAGUGUAUAAAGCCGUUGUUCAUACCGGACAGAUAAUUGCUGUUAAGAAGUUGGCAUCAAAUAGAGAAGGGAACAGUGUCGAAAACAGUUUUCAGGCUGAAAUUUUGACACUUGGACAGAUAAGGCAUCGAAAUAUCGUUAAGCUUUAUGGAUACUGCUACCACCAGGGUUGCAAUCUGCUACUUUAUGAAUACAUGGCAAAGGGUAGUUUAGGUGAACUAAUCCACGGAUCCUCUUGUUGCUUGGAUUGGCCAACUCGGUUCACGAUUGCGGUUGGAGCUGCAGAUGGUCUAGCAUAUCUGCAUCAUGACUGCAAACCAAAGAUAGUUCACCGUGAUAUCAAAUCAAAUAACAUUCUCCUCGACGAUCACUUUGAAGCUCACGUUGGUGACUUUGGUCUAGCGAAAGUUAUUGACAUGCCUCAUUCUAAAUCAAUGUCAGCAGUUGCAGGAUCAUAUGGAUACAUUGCUCCCGAAUAUGCUUACUCUAUGAAGGUUACAGAAAAAUGUGAUAUUUAUAGUUUUGGAGUGGUUCUUCUUGAGUUGUUAACAGGAAAAACUCCUGUACAGCCAUUAGAUCAAGGAGGUGAUCUUGUAACAUGGGUAAAGAAUUUUAUCCGUGACCAUUCAUACACGUCGAGAAUAUUUGAUUCUCGGUUGAAUCUUCAAGACCGAAGUAUUGUUGAGCACAUGAUGAGUGUACUUAAAAUUGCUUUAAUGUGUACAAGUAUGUCUCCGUUCGACCGACCAUCAAUGCGGGAGGUUGUAUCGAUGCUUACAGAGUCUAACGAGCAAGAAGUGAAUUUCAUUCCAUCUCCGGAUUCCGAUCUUCCUCUCAAAGAUAAUACCGUAUGACAGUUCAUCAAUUCUUGGAAGUUUCAUAAGAUGGCUAUAGUUUCUGAUUUGUUCCUCCUGAUUUUUUUUCUAACAGGAAAUUGAUUAGUUUCAUAGUUUUUUUUUUCUCUCUUUUAGAAAAAUGUUUCCAUUGAAUUGUCUUUUCAGUUAUUGGGGGUAAUUGGGUAAAGAUAGAUAUUUUCCAAUUCUGUAUUUUUGUUAAAAGGAACUAAUUACAAUUUUCGUGUACAGUUGGUAAUACCAUUGUUCUGUAUGUAAAACAUCAGUGUUAUCAAUAAAUAGUUUUGAACUUCUUCCA